AUGGGGCAGCUCCACACCCCCACCAAUCUCAUCCUCCUCUCUCUGGCUGUGUCUGACUUGUUUGUGGGCCUCGCAGUGAUGCCACCUGCAAUCAUCGGCCUGCAGUCCUGUGGGUUUAUGGGUAAAAUCACAUGCGCUUUUUUGUACCUGUUGGGCUUCACCCUCACCUCUGCUUCUGUUGGGAACAUGGUGCUCAUAUCAGUGGACCGUUAUGUGGCUAUUUGUGACCCUCUGCGCUAUUCCUCCACGAUAACACUAAGCAGAGUUAAAAUCUGUGUGUCUUUGUGUUGGUUAUGUGCUGUUAUCUACAACCUUAUAAUUCUUAUAGAUCACUUUUCACAAAUAGAUUUAUCUAACUCCUGUGCUCAAGAAUGUGUAGUUGUUAUAAAUUACGUUUCAGGGGCAGUAGACUUGCUUCUGACCUUUGUAGGCCCUGUUACUGUUAUCAUAGUUCUCUAUAUGAGAGUGUUUGUGGUGGCUGUGUCACAAGCACGUGUCAUGCGGUCUCAAAUUUCAACUAUUAAAUCAAAUACUGUGGCUGUUAAGAAAUCUCAGAUGAGGGCUGCUAGAACUCUUGGUAUUACUCUUCUUGUGUUCAUACUUUGUCUCUGUCCAUACUACAUUAAUUUUCUAGCAGGACAAAACACCACAGGUAGUAUAGCUUUAUCAGCUCAGACUUGGCUGUUCUAUUGUAACUCCAUGUUUAAUCCUCUGAUCUAUGCCUUUUUCUACCCCUGGUUUAGAAAAGCGGUUAAAGUCAUUGUCAGACUUCAGAUACUGCAGGAAGGUUCCCGUGAGGCCAAGAUGAUGUAGAGAGAAACAGUAUACUGUAUAUACACUGACUUAUUCUAUAAAGGGGAAUUCAGUCCAACUAAUGGUGAAAUGAAUUUGAACACAGUGAAAGCACAGUGUUGUAACAUACAAAUGUAUUUAUUUUAGGAAACCUAUUCUGGAUGUAAAUGACUAUACAUUUGAAACAACCUUUGCCAGUGAAGACAAGUUUUAACACCCUUUGUUUAGAAAAGUGAUUGAAUUAUUUGCCAAAGGUAUCUUGCUGGUGUGCUUACUAUUAGUGUAAUUCAAAACUGAACAGUCUAAUGAUUGAGGUGCAGGAGCAACUUUAAAUUGCAAAGACAGAAUGAAAGACUACAUUAUGUGGGGGAUCACAUGACCAAGACCAAGAUGGCUAUUAAGUAAGGGUGUUCCCAACAACCGUGCACAACUUAAAGGAUAAC